GUGCAAAACACUGUCAUGACCAAGGUGUAUGUAUCCAUAUACCUUGAUCUAAACGUAAAAAAUCGGGUGCAAAAUGCCAAACAUGACAUUUGCCAUGAUUCGAUCUCUGUCCUAUAUAGGCUUUGGUGGGAUCUAUCAUUAAAGGACACGACAAGCAACACACACGAUGGAACCGAACGGGGUCGAUUCGACAACGGAGGCGACGGCCAACAACCUGCCAGCGGCACCAUCGUCAGCCACACCAGCAGCGGAACGAUCCAGCUGGGUUACGCUGAACGUGGGUGGGGAAAUUUUCACCACCACCCGGUUAACUUUGACGAACCGCGAACCGAACAGCAUGAUCGCGCGGAUGUUCGCCCAGGAUCAGCUGAAACCAUCGGACCAGGAUGCGCACGGUGCGUAUCUGAUCGAUCGGAACGGGUACUACUUCCGCCCGAUAUUGGACUAUCUGCGGCACGGGCGUGUCGUGUGCGACAAGCACGUUAAUUUGCAGGGCGUUCUGGAGGAGGCCCGAUAUUAUGGGCUGGACGGGUUGGUGUCGCUGAUCCAAGACAUCCAGCAGGCGGAUGUGUCGCUAACGCGUCUCGACUUUAUACGCACGCUCGUCGCCUCGUCACACACGACCGAGCUCCGUUUCCAGGGCGUACACCUGGCCGGCAUCAACCUGUCGAAGAUGGAUCUGCGCAACAUCAACUUCAAGUACGCAUGCCUCUCCCACUGCAACCUGUCGAACGCCAACCUGAGCUGGUGCUGUCUCGAGCGGGCGGAACUGCGGUUCGCCAACCUGGAGGGUGCCAAACUACACUCGGUGAUGGCAAGCUGUGCGGAUCUGCAGGGGGCGAUCCUGAAGGGCUGCGAUCUGACCAGGUGUAGUCUCGAAAGCGCUAACAUGAAGGGUGCCACGCUGGAGGGUAGCACGAUGGAUGGCGUUAGUUUGCGUGUAGCCAAUCUGAAGUCUGCCAACAUGCGCAACUGUACGCUGUACGAUGCGGAUAUGGCCGGGGCCAAUCUUGAGGCCUGCGAUCUUACCGGUUGCAAUCUGGAGGGAGCAAACCUACGCGGUGCUAACCUGAAAGGUGCUCAGCUGGAAAAGCUAAUAACACCCGUGCACAUGUCGCAAAUCGACAUCUAAUCUUCCAGCCAUCUGUCCACCAAGGGUAUACUGUACAGAGCAGGGCGCGCAGUUAAAGAGUCUGUAAAGAAGCAGAGCAACGCGAUCAUUCCAUUUGGCAGGGUCGUUUACAUGUACAUAGUUUAGAGCUUAAAGAUAAUAGAAUAGAAUCACAUGCAUACGUAACGAACGAACGAGCCAUCCAACGCGUAUAAGCCUACUGUUAAGCUUUGUUUAACUGAUACGUAAGUUUAUUAAACGUUUCAGCACAAAUGCUAUUGUCCUGAUUUACAUAUAUGUUGCCUGAGUUUGCAAGACGCCAAGACGUAAAUUAGCAAAAUAGGUCCGAAAAUACGCUUUAGAAUCUUUCUUGUCUAUCAAAUCUGUUAAAUAUUGAUUAUUCUCUUAUUGAGUUCGAUGCUAAAACGGAUACCGAAAGAUUGAGUGUGGUAAAAGUUGCAUCAGAGUCGUUUACAGUCUGAGCAGAAGAAGAGACGUUGUGCUGGAUACUUCCGCAUAGAUAGAGCAGUUAUUCGGAGCUACCAACGAACGGUGGGUUUCGCAUCACUUACCGGGCAGUGUUCAUCCUCAACACGCGACCCAACACGUGAUCUGAAUCAUAGCAAGUGCCUCCGCUGGCGAUGCUGAAUAAAUGCUGAAUCUAAUGUUA